AUGAUGAUGAUGAUGAUGAUGAUGAUGAUGAUGAUGAUGAUGAUGAUGAUCGAUGAUGAUGAUGAUGAUGAUGAUGAUGAUGAUGAUGAUGAUGAUGAUGAUGCUGAGGAUGAUGAUGGUGAGGAUGAUGAUGAUGAUGGUGGUGUUGAUUAUAUUUAUGAUUCACAUCGGGCUGUAUUUCCAGUGAUCACACCUUGA